AAUAAGUGUUGGGACAUAUGACAAUAUUCAAAUUAAUUCCCUAGACAAGCAAUAAAACCGUCAAACAGAAGUAAUGUUCAAGCUGUAAAUUGUCAUAAAUAGAACAUCUGCCAUCUGAAACUAUGAGGUGUCCCGGAUGUGAUAGAGAAGUUUACUUUGCUGAGCGGGUAAGCUCAUUCGGUUGUGACUGGCAUCGCCAAUGCUUAAAGUGCAGCAGAUGUAGUAAAACAAUUCUUCCCGGUUGUGGCUUAGAACGUGAUGGAAGACUAUAUUGCACUGAACCUUGUUAUAAUACGCUGUUUGGACCGAGAGGCUAUGGGGCGGUUCCAGAUAUUGAUGACUUUUACGCAUAAGAUUAACAUCUCGAAAAAGUACGAUCAUUUUUAUUUAUUGAAACUGUCUACAAGACUCAUGAAAUAGAUUUAUUUAAUUACUACUUAUCUCUUGGAUUUUAAUACCGUAUAUUUUAUAAUAAAAUCGUUUAUCAU